GACUGGUCUGAUUGUCCUCCACCAGUCGGGUUAUAUUCCCCAACGAGCAUCGACUGUAUUUGUAUACCUACAUGUAGUCACAAUCUAACACAAGGAAAUGAGAUCUCUUUGUGUUUGGGCAUGAGUGUGUGUGUGUGUUUUGAUCCUAGUAUAUUCGUGGGGAGUUUCACAAAUCUGUGAAUCGCGGGAAAUCCCUCGUGACAGGUUUUCCCGUUUCGUUUCCGUGCCGAUGCCUUUCUGGAGGAAAACAACACCCACCUGUAUUUAGUAGGUAGCGCAUAAAAAAAGUCGAAGGACUCAUCCGCUGAAUGUAGACACCACAGUCUGUACUCGAUGGUAUCCGCCUACCUAGAACCUUCCUCGGCGGGUAAGUGAGUGAGUGAGUGAAUGAGUGGUACAUGCCAAGUCACGGACAUACGCACAUACACACACAUACAGGCACACUCGCACGAUCACACAAAACGUUGACGCAGAAACCCAUCCUCCUGAGUCUUGGCUUGUUUCCAUCCACCAGUACCCAUCGACCUCCGACGACAACGCAUUCCACCAGACGCGCUUAAAAAGGUCCCUUCUUGCCGAAAACGUUCUGAAUGUUUUCUUCCGACCCGCUCAGAGCUUUCGUCUAAUCUGAUCUGAGCUCAGUUCAGAAUCUGAUUCCAUUGAGAAGAGUGAAGGAACAAAAUUGUGAGAGAUCCCCACCCCUUCCCCAUCCACUUGCUUCCGAGACCUAUCAUGUUUAUCCUCAAAGGCCUGGCCGUUUAUCUGUCUGCCAUCACAAUGGUGCAGACUCAAGGCGACCAACUCUGUCCUUGUUCCAAGAUCCAUGUGCCCGUGUGUGGCGUGGAUGGACACACUUAUGCCAAUCGUUGCUUGGCUGAAUGCAGCUAUGUGGACAUUGCUUGCGAAAACGAGUGCCCUUGCCGAGGGCGGAAUUACGAGGAUCGAUUUGAGUUUGUGCCCCCUUCGCAAACGGCUCCCUCAGCUUGUGUGUGUCCCAAGAUCUACUCGCCCGUGUGCGGAACCAAUGGACAAACAUACAAUAACCAAUGCCAUGCGGACUGUCAGCCCGGAGUGAUUGUUAAAUGCAAGCAGGCCUGUCCCUGUGGCAACGGAGGCCAAAAUGACUACUAUAAUACGGGAGAUAGGAUCAUCAACCCCAAUAAUGACUCAGCAUGUCGUUGCUCCAAGAUAUAUCAACCCGUAUGUGGAUCCGACGGUUAUGCCUACGGAAAUGAGUGCUUAGCCGAGUGCAAUCCUAAUGUGCGAGUCCUUUGUUAUGGUAAAUGCCCUUGCAACUUGGACGACAAUGGUCAAACCCAGGGUUACACUCCGUUGGACGGUAAUACCCUGGGGCGCUCGAGUGCUUAUUACAACCAAGGGGAAAAGUUAUCGAAUUCCAUACUUCUGAUCCUGGCCUCCAAGUUCCUUCUUUGGGCAGCCCUGAAAUGCUAAUGAGCAGGAACGAAAAUACUUCAAACACUACCUGGUACUCGUCCCAUGGACGUUUCUGUGAUAUCCCGAAUUAAUUAGAUAGUACGAUCGUGCAAAUGUCGAAUCCCUUAUUAAAAUAUGACGCACCUACAGAUAGAUAGAUAUAUAGACGCCCUUGAAUGGUUUCCACUUUGUGAAUCUCAGACCGGAAUAAUUUUCCCGCUUAUAUAAGAUAUCAGAAUUUCGAGUAUUUGAGUAUUUGACUCAAAUGUACUACGUAAGCAAAUGCAGGAUUGUUUGCUUCGUGGCUUUCAUUAAUCACUUAUUAUUUGGAUUUCAAACGCUUUUUCAUAUACCCCGGCAAUAAUACUGGCUAAACUAAAAUUAAUGAUGAAACUGCAUGCACUCCAACUUUUGAAUUUCUAACUAGCCAUGAUUAUUUGUGCAAAAUCAAAAAAUAGUUCUUUUGUUUCUAUCCCUAUGCACUGUCCACUUGAUCAAUCAGUCACUAUUAAUUUCAUUUUCCAAAUAUUUUCGGUUCUCGCCAGUCCUUCUACAAAUCUUGAAUGUUAGUGCCAACUUGUCCUGUUUAUUUCAUACCAAGCUUUAUUCAAAUAAAAAGUUCAUGGACCAAAACUGACAUGGUUGCCGCCCUUUCAUCUUUUCUUAUCCCCUACAAUAAAUAAGUUUCAGAAAACCGUUUUAGGAACGGUAGGAUUGCAUUUAAGUUUGAAAAAAGUCAUAGCAAAAGGACUUGAUUUGAUAUAAAAUUGUUCCUGUACCAUCGUUUAAGAGCUCAGCUUGGAAUAUUUUAAAUAUUAGUACCUUUGAUGAAAUAGUUUCUCUUUUUUUUUGUAUCAACUUGACAUUUAGAUUGUCAAGUUUGUCAAAUCCAUGUUCCCCAAAGAUAAUCAGCUUGCUUUUAAACACAAACCCCUUCAUGUUCUUAGGGAUUUAGGGAAUGUUCUCCCCUGAAAAUAUUGCUUUUGUGUGCUCAUUGUGUUCUGAUUUUUGGAAUAAACAAAAGUUAUCAGUUGUUCUAAUCUCA